AGCUGCAGCCUCUCCGGGCCCGUUAAUAAUGGAAGAGGGUGACGGGAGCCGCUCCGCCGGCUCGGUGUCCGCGGGGGGCCGGGGGAGACAUGGAUCUUUCCGUUUUGCCCAAUAACAACCAUCCUGACAAAUUCCUGCAGCUGGAUGUGAAGUCGUUGAUGAGAAGCCCAGCCUUGCUGCAGGCCAGCCUCGCGAGAUUUCCGGGGGGAACUCCUCCUGCCGCACAGCACUGGCAAAACCUGGUCUACGCGCAGAGAGAAAAUACCACUACACAACGAAUUAAAGGAUUCAGUCUGGAGGUCCCCCUUGUUGCUGAUAGCCCUCACCCCUCUAUGUCUUCAGUCAUGAAGAAUAACCCACUAUAUGGGGACAUCAGUUUGGAGGAAGCUAUGGAAGAAAGAAAAAAGAAUCCUUCCUGGACCAUUGAGGAAUAUGACAAGCAUUCCCUGCAUACCAACCUGUCCGGACAUCUGAAGGAAAAUCCCAAUGAUUUACGGUUUUGGUUGGGAGAUAUGUACACACCAGGUUUUGACACCUUGUUGAAGAAAAAGAAGAAACGUGAUAAGCGAUCAAAAUUAUGCCAUAUGGGUCUGAUUUUCCUUCUUGUGACUUCAGUCUUGGUUACCAUAGUGACCAUCAGCACAUUUUUCACCUAAAGAGACUGUCUGCCGUCGAUAGAGCCACCUUAAAUUUCUUGAAAAGCUUUCUAAUCAUUUGCCCCGAAAAUAUGCUCAUGCAAUGUGGAUGUUGUUAGUUUUUCAGCUUGGUGUGCUUGCCCUGUAAAAUGGGAGCACUCCCUGUAGAAUGGGAGCACUCCCUGUGUGAGAUAAGCUGGCCUCUCUGCUUAGCACUGUGGAACCUGUGUACAAACUCUAGCCUUCCAUUUGUCCUGUGGGAAACAGAACAUUUUCCAA